ACCCCGAAUAUUCCACUCGCUUCCCAUCCCAACCUUCCUCUCCUCCGCUCCGCUCUUGGUUCUCUUCUCCCACGCCUCCGGCCACCCACCACCGCCCACUCCCAAACAUUCCCAAGGCAAGGCACGCACGCAUCGAGAUCUCGCGAGGCCACAGCUGCUCGCCUUCGACGCGCACAAUCCCCCUAGCCUUAGAUCACAGCACCACUAUGGGGAGCAUACCGGCGGCGGCGGCGGGGCCAGGCACGGCGCUGGAGGACCUGCCGGAGGACGCGCUGCUGUGCAUCCUCGCCCUCCUCGCGCCGCCCGACGCCGCCGCCGCCGCAUGCGCCUGCCGCCGCCUCGCCGCCGCCGCGUCCUCCCCGGCGCUCCCGCUCGCUCUCGCGCUCCGCCUCGGCCUGCCCCCGCCACCGCUGCUCCCCGCCGCCCCCUGCCCCGCCGCCGCCCGCAGGCUCAUCCGGUCGCUCCACCGCCUCCGCCGCCUCCUCGGGCUCUGGCGCCGCCUCCCCUCCGGCUCCGGCUACGCCUCCCCGUCCCUCGCCGCGUUCGAGUGGGCCCCGCGCGCCACGCUCGCGGCGUCGCUCCUCGCCCCCUCCGCGGACGGCGGCGUCGGCGUCUCCAAGUCCCCCUUCGUGACGCUCUCCAUCGACGAGUCCGGCGACACGGUGGCGGUCGUCGGGGAAGUGCCGGUGUGCGUGAAUUUCGUCGGGAACAACCACAUUGUGGUGGAGGCGGCAGCGGCGGGUGAAGAUGAGGAGGUGGAAAUGGUGAGCGGUUCUCCGCCGGAGGAGAUGUACGCGCACUUUGCCAACAGGAGGAGCCCUGGGGCCGGUAGGAGGAGGAGGGGCAAGCAGGGGAAGAGAGGAGGCGGGAUGGAGGCAGAGCACUUUGUGAGGAUUGCGGACACUGAGCCGACGAAGGCACGGCCGCUGCAGGGGCUGUGGAAGAUUUUGAACCCUUAACUGUUAUCAGAACUACCAGUCCAUGUCGCAAUUGGGUUAAUCAAAUGGGUAUAUGCGAGGAUAGGUCUCUGGAAUUUUACCUUGUCACCUAUGAUAACAUUGGUGGAGUAACUUGUCGACGAUUUAGGGAUUCACGGAGCCAAAGUUCUGGCUACUCUCCUGUCUUUUGGACAACAGAUACUACAUUUCUUGAACCACCAUUCUCUGAGCAAGAGCUGGAUAAUUAUACCAACCGCGAUCGUAUCCAAUGUGUUACUUCCAACCAUGCUGGCACUGAGAACAGGGUUAUCUCAAGGAUAUUGUGCAUCAAUUCCAGUUAUGAUGUGGUUGAUCCUCAUCUCUCGACUCCCUUUGAUGAUGGAAGGAGUGUGGAGGGAAGGAUUUGGCUAUACGAGGAUGGAACCUUCGGUUUUGGAUUUGUUGGCAGUAAUUCAAUUAUAGAUCUGAGGCACGUCUCAUCAGCUGGUUGUAUUCUUGAUACUUAACAUUAGAUCUGGAUCUUGCUGGCACAUAAUUUUUUGCCAGCGAGCCCCUUGUACAGUACUUUUAGGAAAAUUCAAUAGUUGGUGUGAGGCAUGUUGCCUCCGAUUGUUGUACUAUUGAUGAUAAGGUCAGUAAAUACGGGUCCCUUCUGGCACAUAACUGUUGCUAGAAUACCCUUGUAAACCAAACUUUGGUUCCUUUGGGCAUGUACUUGUUGAUAGAAUACCGAUGUAUACUACUAUUUGUUCAUUGAAUUCCAAUAAAUUACAACUGUUACUUCCUCA